CAUGCCUCGCUUAGACGGCGGCUGACCUAAUUCUUGUAGCUUCGUCGCCGCCGACGGUGGCUCGCUGCAUGCAUCGGCAUGGAACAAGACGACGCCCCCGGUUUUGCCCAGCAGGUCUCCGACGUCGUGCGCUCUCCACCGGCCACUCCCCCCCGUCAGAAUCAGCCACAACUCACACGAGGGUCUACACUCCCAGCCAUACACGUCCAGGAAAGGCACCUUGUCACACAGCGCGUCUCGUGUCAUUGAUAAAUACCGCCGCAAGAGAGCCACAAAUAAGUCGACGAAAGGCAAUGCAACUAGCACCAGAAUAAAUUCAAGAUGCCAACCAAAGUGUGUCGUUACUUUGAUUAACAGUUUUGAUGACAUGAAAAAGGAUCUUGUCUGUCAAACAGGGCUUCACGGCAUCCUUCAGCUGAAGUUAACUAAAGUUAACAGACAGUAUGGCGCAUGGCUUCUGAGCAAGAUUGAUGUUGAUUCAUGUGCCAUCGUAGCUGAUCUUCAUAAAGUGACCCCCUUCUCUGCGAGGGACGUUAAUUCAGUCUUGGGUGUACCAUGCAGCGGGAGAACCAUUGAGACCUGUAACCAAGAUGAGGUAGAACGGAAUAAGAGGAUUCUUUGUGAUAUUUUUGAGGUUCCACACUUUUCACAGGUUACUGUUAAGUUUUUGGAGGCAAUUCUUAAUAAACAAUAUUCAUAUCCGAUGAGCUUAAAGGACCAACGAUCGUUCAAGGCGGCAUUUGUCCUUUAUGUCAUGACAAAGUUCUUGGCUCCGCAAUCACUAGCAAACUACAUUUCCACAAGGUAUAUCAGCGCAGUAGCUGAUAUUGACAAUAUCUCGUCAUACAACUGGGCACAGUUCAUCGUCGACGACCUCAUGAAUUCUGCCAGCUUGAUGCCCAAACGAUUUCAUAAUUCUUCUCAAGUAUCAAUUAACGGGUGUAUACUAUUCCUCCAGACAAUCUACCUGGACCAUAUUGCGCCAUCAAAUAACGAUGUCAACUGUGAAACCAGUCCUAGGAUUGCGGCAUUCGAUGAUGACCUCGUCACCCGCAUUAUCAUGAAUGACAUGAAGUGCAAACACAACAUUGGGUUCCCUUUCCCUCAGUUUGGGAAGCUGCAGGUCGGCUAUGUUUUAAUCAAUUUAAUUGCCAAAUUAUCAUCAAUUUUUGUACUAAUUAUUUUAUUUUUUGUUAACUUACGAAACCACCAAGUAUUUACUCCCGUGCACCAGAAGAGGGCUCUCAAGAAAAUCAUCAUUCGACUCCGAGCGCAACCAUUAACCAACCAUGUGUGUCCAACAUUUCAGAAUACUUGCAGACGCGUUUCAAGUCAACUAAAUUACGGUCGAUAUAUGGAGAAGAGGCUUCUUCUUCCAUUAAGGAUGCAAUCUCCAGUGCUGAAGGACAAUUUUCAUCUAUUUUGCAAGAUACUUCAGAUUUUGAAAACUUUUUUGAUAAUCCAGUAGCCAUUGAAGCAACUCAAAAACUUAACAAAAUUCUGGUUACUACUGUUUUCAAUUCGAUAAAAAUUGCAGUAAGGGCCACCCUUCGUAAUGUUCUUUCGGACAACCACAAUAGGUCCGGCGGUCUGGGCAGUCACGGUGCACUUCAUUCGAACCCCACAUCAGGCCUUACCCCAACAUCCUUCAGCAAGGAUACUGCUUCACCAUGCCAACAUACAAGUAUGCCUGACAGGGAUCAUCCACAACCGGCAUCUCAAGGCAACAUUGGUUCAUGUAGCACAACAAGUAAUAGGUACAACAAUCUAGCAUCCCGCACUCCACCAACAACUCAUAAUGCUUCUGCCUCACCAAGCAAGCAGAAAUCAUCAAUCUCCCCAGCAUCCGCUGCUCGCCUGGCACAAGAGUGGACCGUCGCACUAAGUGCGGAGGAUACCAAUGGAGAUGAACAACAACGUAGAUACAUAGUAGAAAACCCACCAUCCCACCUUCUAAGAGAUAAAAACACCCGAAAAAUAAAUCAAAACAAGAAACUUUUGUCCCCCUUUCAGACCAAGCAAUGCUCAAUAACACGUACUGAUACGCGGGUAGCCCGCUCAACUUAUUCGUACAUUCAAGAAAUAUCAAAUGAAGCCUUGUUGGAUGAAGUAUGGCUUCAAAGUUCUUGUCCAUUCAACAUCUCCAUAAAGUUACGCACUCUCCAGCAAUCAAUUGCACGCGGUGGCUGGAUGGAUACUGACUGCUUAAAUUUUGCGAUCCGCAAAAUGUUCUUGGAUGACGUGGAUCGGUUUGAGGGAACAAACUAUUUGGGAUGGAGACACUUCAUAAACCUCGACUUUGCAAGCUAUGCCUUGGCGGGGGGUGAAUUCUGGGUUCCAGAGCACCAGCUAGGACACUUCAUUGGAACACACAUACAUUAUGACGUUUCGCAAAGCCAUCAGAUACUCAUACCACUUCAUCUAGUUAAUCACUAUGCGUUGUAUGCAUUCGACAUGGAGAACAAGAAAAUAUCGAUACUUGACUCGCUCAGUGCACUAGGCCCCUUCAACGAAUCAAGAAUAUCUAGACAUAACAAGACAUGUCACACCAUAGCAUAUCAUCUCGCCGAGUGCAUGAGGUUAGCUUUUCCUGGAUGGGAUGAGGACAUACCUAGCUGGGGUAUUGAGGUCGUAGAGAACAUACCAGAACAACAAAACUCGGAUGAUUGCGGUUUUCUUGUAUUGAACUUCAUGCGCAACUGGAAUGGCCUCCGUCUAAUUAAUUUCAUAAGCAAGGAUUCUAACGACCUAAGGUGCACUUUUCUACUGGACUUGCUGACGUUCAAGACAAAUGAAGCUUCUCUUCCAGAUUGGGUUAAACUCCAGCUCAGCCAGCUUAGGGAUUAGACUAGUAGACAACAUUAUCCGCAAACAUUUCCCUAUAGAUUUUCUUCAUUCGUAGCUAGCCACACUGUACUUUGCUUAACUAUGUCAUUGUAUUUGCAUAUUCUCCUUACUUUCAGAAAUGAAUAUCAAUCUCUAUCAUCUUACUUUA